GUGCCAAACAUGAGAGGAGGGAUGAUAUGGUGCUAUCGUCAUGGCGGGAUGCAUGAAAAUGACAAACGGUUUCGUUUCUAUCAGCACUAAAUUAAUUGUUUUCACUUUGUUUUUCACCUGUUUACCUCAAACCUCACACCAGAAUACGGGUAACACGCAUUCAAUAACUGAUCUCCAGGAUGGGGAGAUCUAUGUCAUGUCAGGGUCCAACAAGUUCUGUUACAAAAACUCAGUAGUUCCCUCCUGGAGGCAAACAUGGACGAGAAUUCAGGUCAACAUUUGGAGCUCCAAUGUGUUCAAGGUGGAUACUGUGCAAGGUGAGGAGAAGCUGCAGGAGCUGGACCAAUUCAGUAUCUGGGGCUUUAUUCAGAGCUUUUUACGGGAGCGACACAAUGAAACCACUAUCAGCGUCAGCCUGUUCAGCAAGAAGACGUGCUUCAAGAUUGAACCAGCUGACGGGAGUCGGUACACUGUCAAGCCCCUCCGCAAAUUUGAUAUCUAUCUGUUUCUGGUAUUCCUUGCUGGAAUAUUGUUGUUUCUCUUUGCAGAAUCACUCAGCAGGAGUCAAGUUUUCUUCUACUCUGCCGGUAUGAGCACGGGCAUGAUCGCUUCUCUCAUCAUCCUCUUUUUCAUUUUGGCACGCUUUUUGCCAAAGAAAAGCCCCUUCUAUGUGUUGAUCGUUGGCGGCUGGUCGUUUUCUUUGUAUGCCAUCCAGCUUGUCUUCAAGAACCUCAAAUUUAUUGUGCAAGAACACUGGCACAUGGCAUUAGGUUAUGUAGCAGUGGUGGGAUUCGUCAGUUUCGCUGUGUGUUACCUUUAUGGCCCUCUUGUGGAUGAGAAGCGCAUUAACAUCUUAUCGUGGAUGCUGCAGAUCUUUGGUCUGCUGCUGAUUUAUUUCGGGAUUCAAAUUCAGCAAGUUGCCUUCGCCAUCAUCGUAGCAGCUCUGAUCUCCAAAUAUCUGGAGUACCCCAUCAUUCUGGCGUUUGCUGCAUGGAGGAAAAUGAAACGAUACAUUUAUUGGAAGCCAGAACCACCUCGGCUGUUGACUGAAGAGGAGUAUCAGAGGCAGGGGGAGGAGGAGACUCGGCGUGCCCUGGAUGAGCUGAGGAAGUACUGCAACAGUCCCGAGUUCAGCCCCUGGAAGACCGUGUCCAGAAUCCAGUCCCCUAAAAGAUUUGCUGAUUUUGUUGAAGGGUCUCCUCACUUGAUGUCCAAUGAGGUGUCUGUCCACGCGCAGGAAUAUGGCUUUGGAGGAUCCUUUUUUGAAGAUGAAUUUUUCGACACGGACGACGAGGACGAGGAUCUGAAACCUAUAAUGAAACCAGAGUGACACCGCACAUGUAUGGGGAAAAAAAACUAAACGAAAACAGUGAAUACUGCCUUUCACUGAGGAGUGACCAGAGAGAAGCCCACAGUGGCUCAUGUGCAAAUGUCCUGACUGACUUCUUUUUUUCUUCCUGUGAUGGGCGGCAAUGAGAAAAGUCAGGAUUUUCAUGUCGGCCACAAGAGCCACCGCAUGUUCUGCCUUACAAUGACAAAACACUGAUGAUCACAACAGAACGGUGUGGUCGGAUCUGUUAUCAGCAAAGAAAUGUAGUUACAAAAAAAAUGUGCACUAAAGCCAAGUGUCUUCUUUUUUUUUUUUUAAGGGAACACAGGCUUCUGUUACAGUUACAAAUACAGUGAAACAAGCUGGAGGUCAAAGCAAUAUAGAACUUUUACUGUGUGAAGUUUGUGUAGUCUUUAGCUGAAGCUUUGGAAAAGGUGUAUGUUGUUUUUAGUUUUCUAAACAUUGUGUUCACAUCCUUAAGGCUCUGAAUUGGCCUCACAACAAUGAGAGCAUCCACUUGUCCCUCCAGUACAUCAUGAGGCCGUUCUCCCCUCUCUGAACAGCAGCACCACGUGGUGGGAGGUAGACGCUUAGUAUUCUGCUCGGGGAGGAGAUUGGGAACGUUUGUUUUUCACUUGUUUUCAUUUUACCGGACAUAGAUCAGUGGAAGGGUCCCAAAGUAUUUUGAAUAAAAAAAUAUAUAUAUUUGAGUCAUGCAUUAGCAUUAUUUUUAAAAGACUAUGA